CUCUCUCCCCCUUCUUAGCUAUAACCUUCUAGAAACGCUCAGCGUCCACCAUCCCUACUGUCCGUCGCCGUCUUGCGCCAUAUACGUCGACCAUACCGCCAAGCGUCCUAGUAUGGCAUCUGCGCCCCUCUCUCAGGACAUUAUCCUGCUGUUCUGCGAGGAAAUCGCGGCGCGCCACGAUUUCGCGACCCUGUUCCGCUGUUCCUUGGUCAGCCGGAGAGUUGCCAGUAUUGCUCUAGAAAAGCUCUACAGCAUCCAAGAGUUUUCCCGAGCCAGCGCCGGUGAUGCCCGCUAUAGGUUUGAGUCGCGACGGUUAUGGAGAUCGAUCAUUCUGUCGAGCAUUGGUCAGACUAUCUUUCCCUACUGCGCCUAUGUCCGCACUCUUUCGCUCGGCAACCUCGAGGAGUGUCUCCAAGACAUGUCCGGUAACGAGCACAUCCUGGACAUCUUCUUCCGCGGCGAGAUGGCCCAGUUCCGGGCCCCGCGGGAAGGGGGGGAGUUCGUGGAUAGCCUGGCCGUGAUGGUGAACUGUGCCGACUCCAUCACGAAGCACGUCAAGGAGUAUGCGGGCGAGACGGGAAGUACCUUUCUGGCUCGCCUGGAAGGUACUAGUAUGCCGACCGAUAAGGUCACGACCUGGAUUGCCCGACUCGGGGCCCUUACAUCCUUAUGUAUUCGAGACGGCUCCAUACUUGACGUCGAUGUUGCUAAGACUAUCUCCAAAUACUGUCCCAAAUUCGCCGACCUAACCUGUUACUUCCGAGUAGAUGCUAGCUCCACAGCGGACGAGGAUCUAGCCGCUUUCUUCCACGCUCUUCCCCCGAGUAGCCUCCGAAGUUUUGCAAUAAUUUGCGAGAAUGAAAUCGGAAACAACACCCUAACAGCAUUGAAUGCCCACGGGACAUCCCUACGGAGACUCGUGCUCACAAACCUGCGUCCAAGGGCCGUGCGGGCCCUUGGCCUGCUGUCAGCUUGCACGUCCCUGGAGACGCUUACCAUCGAAAGCGAGCGUAGUUUGGCGGAAGAUAUGUUAUCGUCAGACGUAGGGUUGCUCGACGCCGUAUCGUCCUGGAUUAGCAGUUGCAAGUCGCUUCGUUCGUUCACUCUCAGCAGCCGAGGCCUCUGCCUUGUAACCAAGAACAUUUUAGAGGCUCCAGACCUCCACCUUACAUCAUUAUCCAUCGUUCAAUUCGACAGCGACGAGGGAGAAUUUGAUGCCGCCAUGGCUGCGCUCAGCUUGCAAAAUAACCUUCAGGAUCUGACGCUCGGUCUACGAGGUUUUCAGGUAGUCAACUUGAAGGCUGGGUUGGGCUCGUCGUUAACAGGUUCGAUCUGCCAGCUGAAGGAUCUGACUUCCUUGAACCUCAUGCAAUCAUUUGUCUCCAACGACGAGGUAGAGCGUAUCGCAAGGGCGCUACCUAAGUUGUCGGAGUUCAGCUUCAGCGGCGGGUACGUAAACGAUUCGAUACUGAGACCACUGGGUAGCCUUCCCCGGCUGAAGACCCUCGCAAUUCAUGCCAUUUCGUGCUUCACCUGGCGUGCUCUUAGGGGCUUCGCCGUCCGACUCGAUGCGGAGGGCAACCGGGGAAUCAAGGUGGACGUGCUUAACCAGUCGUGGGAGAGGUCGAUUGCUGAAGAUCACCGCUCCUGGUUGCAGAACUACUUCAGCGAGACGCUAAAGGGCAUAUUUCGGCUGGUCUAUUCCACGGAGCCGCAUACGGACGAUGAGAUUACGGACCAGUCGGAUUAAGUUAUUGUAAUAGUAGAAGGCCGGUGGGCAAAGCAGACCAUUCUCGCGUAUCGUGUAAUAUUAGUCCGUAGCGCAUGUAAGAGCUGAAUUAAAUCCCAAGCGUCUCAACUAG